AUGGCUAAACCAGUUGUAAAAGGAAAAGGUGGAAAAACAACAGUCAAAUCGAAUGUUCGUGGUCGACCAUCGUUAACAGCUAAAGGUAAAGGACGAGGUAGACCACCAAUUCCUAGACGUAGUCGAUCAUCGGUUCAUGCUCAAUAUUCACGUCGUGGACGACCACCUGUACACAUUCAACGUUCAUCUAAAACAAGUGGUCGUUCAACAUAUCGACAUUUAAUUCAUCAUAAUAAUAACAAUGCUCUUCGUAGUAAAUCAACAAAUGCUGUUCGCUCAAAAUUAAAUAAUAAUAUAAAUAGUCGUCGAUCAAUUCGAACAGAUAUGAUAAAUAGAAAAAAACAGUCAAUUGUUAAUUUAAAAAAAAAAGGUUCAAAUGGUAUUGUUACGAGAAAACGAGAUCGUUCAACAAAACAACGAAAAAUGAGUGUAACACCAAAUAAUUCGACAACAACAUCGAUUAUACGACCAGAUGAAUCGGAAAUAUUUGGUCAUCGUGAAAACAAUUUUCAUCAAAACGAAUGA